CACGGCGGUUUCGUGCGACACUCGUCCGUUGCUUGACGUAUUUUAUCCUGCUUGCUGACUCUGCUGUGACAUCUCAAUCACUUUGCCACCUCCGAGCAUCCCACCGGGAUGACAAAUAACCGCCCCACCUGGUUGGAUCCUCUUCAAGCCCCGAUUUUCACCAGUUUUCGGGGGAUGUGAAGCAACAAGAGAAGAUGACUCCCUCACGAGCCCCCCAACAUGAAUUCUCCUGUCACUUUGCCGGCUGCACCUCCAGCUUCCAACGCAAAGAACAUCUCAACCGUCACGAAGCCCAACAUACCCGCGCAUUGGCCCGGGCAUGUCCGCGCUGCGGCCGCACAUUUUCUCGGAGUGAUUCACUCGGUCGUCAUAUCCGUCGCGACCACAGCUUGCAGGCACCUCCUGGUUUCCUAACAGUAACAGGACGAGCAUCCCGAGCCUGUCAACGGUGUCGCGUCACCAAAACCCGCUGCAGCGGAGGGUCGCCUUGCAAUCGAUGUCGCACCCAGGAACAUCCCUGUGUUUACGACUCUCAGAGACAACGACACGAAGAAACACAAGAAGAUCAAACGCAGGCGCACACGCCCUCUUUAUUUCCUACCACUCAAGAAGACUCCAUCGCUCGUAUCACCCCGUACAUCGACCUAUACUUCACCCACUUUCAUCCUCACUGGCCUCUCCUGCAUCGAGCAACCUUCAGUCCUCCCCAUGAGCCACUCUUGGUCCUGCAAGUCGUCGCCAUGAUCGGAUUAUGGUUCAGCGACAAGCCCUCAGCUAAAGGUGUGGCAAUCGAUAUUCAUCGAAAGCUGGGGCCUUCGAUUCUAGCACAGCAGGAUAAAUGGACAUGUACUCUCCCUUUCAAAAGCGAAGAAACAACCGACAACAACGAGGGGAAUCAGGUCUUUUCACAAUGUCCCGUAGCCACAUACCAGGCAAUCCUCUUAUAUCUGAUCUUCUCCCUGAUGCAAAGCAGCAGCUCCCGCCCUCUCCCACCGCGUGAUCGCCACAUCCUCUCCGCCCUCAUAGAUACCUGUCUUCGUAACCGCGUCUUCUAUUACCCGCGGAUGGUAUCGCGAUACCAGGCCAUCGACUCCGUCGCUUGUAUAUGGGUAGGGGUAGAAGAGCUCAAACGCCUCGGGCUGGCCAUGUACAAGGUCUCGCGACUCUGUGGGAGGAACCUGGUGGUUGAAGAGAGUGAGGGAGCGGUCUUGCGGCUUACCGAUCUGCAGUUCCCAAUGCCGGAUAGUCGGCAUCUCUGGGAAGCGCAGUCGAAUCUCGAGUUGGCUUGUCUGUUGCAGAUGGAGGCGAGCUACCGAGGUGUACGGCCGGACAGCCGCGACGAGGGAAGUUGGAUCUCGACGAGCGGGGAGCUCUUAGAUGAUGGGGUGGAGAGCUGGUGGAUGUGUGAUUAAAUGACAUGAAUUGUCUGUCGGGGUUA